CACAGUCGAACACAUCACACAGCGCAUCGCGGCGGCGGCAUCGCCUCUCGCUGCUCUCCAGACAAGAAGAAGACGUCACCCGUGACCGGCCUCUCGCCGCCCCCGGCGUCGCCGACGCGAUGCCUCCGCUCCCGAGGCUCCUCCACCGCCACCUCGCCCUCCCGCUGGCCCGCCGCCACUCCCCUCUCCAUCCGUGGCCGCCCGCGGCCGACGCCGUCCUCUCUCGCGGGCUCGCCUCCUCCUCCUCCUCCGCCGCCGCCGCCGCCGCGGCCGGCCGGGAGAAGAGCUCUAGGAGGACCCUGGGGUACCUGCUCGGCGUGGCGGCCGCUAUGGUCGGCGCCUCCUACGCCGCCGUCCCGCUCUACCGCCGGUUCUGCCAGGCUACCGGAUACGGCGGCACCGUUCAGCGCCGCGAGAGUGUAGAGGAGAAGAUCUCCCGGCAUACUCGACAAGGAACCACACCACAAAGAGAGAUAAUUAUCCAAUUUAAUGCUGAUGUUGCUGAUGGAAUGCCUUGGAAGUUCAUUCCUACACAGCGAGAGGUGAAGGUUAAACCUGGUGAAAGUGCUCUUGCUUUUUAUACUGCUGAGAACCGCAGUUCAGCUCCAAUUACUGGUGUGUCCACGUAUAAUGUUGCUCCAAUGAAGGCUGCCAUCUACUUCAAUAAAAUACAGUGUUUCUGCUUUGAGGAGCAAACACUUCUUCCAGGGGAGCAGAUUGACAUGCCGGUAUUCUUCUACAUUGAUCCUGAGUUUGAGACAGACCCCAAAAUGGACGGGGUAAACAACAUAGUUCUUUCCUAUACAUUCUUCAAGGUGAAAGAGUAGAAAUAACUUUUAAGCGAUCUGUAACAUUAAUUCUAUUAAAACCCUCACGCAAUUCAUGUGUUUCAAAAUUCUUUCAUGUAACACCAAGAGUAAAAGGUUAGGUUCUCUAUGUAGCUAGAUCACAUGGUUUGUGAAAGUUUUUUGCAAAUAAGAAGAGUUGUUCCAAUGCAAUCAAAGUGGAAAUACAUAUUUGGUUUGAUCUUAAGAAUGGAUUGCAGGAAUGUACUGAUAGGAUCUGUCAAGGACCAGACCAGGGAACUUCAUCAUGUUUGUGAAUUGUGAUGUGCAUUUUUUGGACAUGAAAGUGUAUUGUUUUCUUCCUUUUGAAAUCAGUCAAAUGAAGUGGUUUGCCUAACAAGGCAGGUCUGUUAGACAACUGCAAAAAGGAAUCAGGCAUUAUUGGUAUGUUUCUCCUACA